ACGAGGCGUUCCUUACAGACUUUUUGGAUCAAUCACGCAGACAGUGGCUUCUUUUGAUUAAACCCCAAAUUGUCAUUGGGCAGAAGUAAUCAUGUGACAGGCAAUUCGGUCCAAUUUCAACCUUGUCUCCAUGAAUUCAAUAGUUUAAUAGUAGCGCGGUCCCCAUACGGCCGUAAUCAGUGAAUUAGAAAAAAUAUAUAUUUGCCGCGAUUUUAUUGUUCAAAAAAUAAAAAAUCUGGGACCGUGCAUUCUAAUAAGAGCUAACUUUCAAACGCUCCGAGCGAGAGGAGAUGAAUUACGAAUUUGAGCGCGAGAGCGGUUUUAUCAAUAGUCAGCCGUCGCUUGCAGAGUGCCUGACGUCUCUUCCCCCUGUCGCUGAUUCAUUUCAAAGUUCAUCAAUCAAGAGCUCGACGCUUUCGCACUCGACACAGGUCCCUCCGCCUUUCGAGCAGACAAUUCCCAGCCUCAAUCGGGGCAGCCACCCUCGCCACGGCCGGCCCAGACAGAACCCCAAUGGCAGUAGCCCUCUCUCGACCGCCUCUCUUCCACCGGAGUACCCCUGGAUGAAGGAGAAAAAAGCGGCCAAGAAAAAUCACCUGCCGACGUCCACUGCUACGGCCGCCGCGAGCGGAACCGUCUGCUUCUCCCCACAAGGCUCGCCCGAGAUUCCGGACAGUGGCGUCGCAGGAUCUCGCAGACUGAGAACGGCUUACACCAACACCCAGCUCCUGGAGCUGGAGAAGGAGUUUCACUUCAACAAGUAUCUGUGUCGGCCCCGGAGGGUUGAGAUCGCCGCCUUGCUGGAUCUGACCGAGCGGCAAGUCAAAGUGUGGUUCCAGAACCGCAGGAUGAAACACAAGAGACAGACCCAGUGCAAGGACCACCACGGCGGCGAGGGGAAGCCGAGGGGCGGCGAGGACGAGGGACCGAGCGAGGAGGAGCCCGGCUCCCUCUACGACCCACCCGUGAACAAUGAGACCGGGGCCCUGUCGGAGAGGGACGGCUACCCCUUUCAGCAGAACGCCCUCGCUCCACAACAGCCGCUGAAUGUACACAAUGGAGAAUCGCAUACUUUCACCGUCGCACCUCUGCGCAGCAAUGACAGCAAUCUGAAACAUUUUCCCAGCCCGUCGCCCACUGUUCCGGCCUGCGCGUCCACAAUGGGCCGCGACGCGGCAUCUGCUCUGGACAAUGGCGCUCCCCCGGCCCUGGACGUUCCUGCUUUAGAGGACUUCUCUGUGUUCUCCGCGGAUUCCUGCCUGCACCUCUCCGACACCGCCUCUCCCAGCCUGUCGGAGUCCCUGGACAGUCCCGCGGACAUUUCUACCGACAGUUAUUAUUUCUUCUCGGACUCCCUCACAACAAUCGACUUGCAACAUUUAAACUAUUGAAAGCGGAUCUUAACAGGCGAAUCCGUCAGCAAAAGCAACAAGAACUCUGUAGCCGCUUUCUUUAACUUUAAUACGAAAUGAUCAGACCAUUGUGUUUAUGGCUACAUUAUAGAUAAUUAAUAAAAAUGAGGUAAGAUUCCAUGCUUUGGUUCGUGUACAUAUUUAGUUUGAUAUUUGAGCGACAAAAAGUAAAUAGAUUACUAUCCAAAGGCAAUAUAGCCUAAUGGCCGUGUAAACACGAAAAGACAAUUAUAGAACAAUCUUUGUGCUUUUAUUUUUGUAUGGCUUUCGGGUACAAUGUCAUGAAUAUUUUUGUUAGAAUAAAGCUGACUUGAUACCAGUA